UCACAAACACAAUGACGUCACGGCAAUGCGUGCACUAGCACAAGUUAGAUGGGGAACCCUUCUCGCUUGUGUGGUAAAUAACAGUGAAUAUCUCGCGAUCGGGGCCACGGAUUUUCACGAAAUUUUACAGUUAGCUCGGGUAUACUUGCCCCACCCCACCGAGUUACUUUCCUGACCAUGCUGAUGCCCUGGGGGCGCAGGCGAAGUGACCACACCCAACAGAGCACGGAACCCAACAUAGGCGCUGACCCAUAUUCAACCGGCUACGAAUGUGGAAUAGCAAAAGGCGCUUGAAUAGGCGCUUGAAUAGGCCUUUUCACCAAUGAUCGCUUGUAUUGGCACGGGAAUAACGGAUGUAUAGCGAGGACAAGACAGUUUGCGGCACAAGAAGUGUGUAUGAGAACCCUAGUCAUUCCUCCUUCUCUCUAUCGGAUAGACAGAGGACAGGAGCCUGAUGUCUCGAUCGUCCCGUGUCUCUGACGAACAGCGACACCGUCCGAAGACGAAGGAUAUAUUUUUUCAAACCAGUCGACAUGAGAAAACAUAGAACCAAUUCAAGAUGUAAAUUCGUGUCGACUUUCUGUCUUUUCAUGCCAUCUUGUGAGUAUAAUGUGUUCAAAUGUCCGGAGAACAGGCUUCAGUCGUACUGGGAUAGUGCUGUAUGUGAUUUUCAUCGUCUCGGGGGUUCUGGUGUUCAGCGCAGGGGUGGGAGCCCUACCCCUCUCUGACUUUUACCCCUUCAAUGCCAGUGCCGGGGACAAUCUGACAGAUGACAGCGAUGACGGGGGGUCGGGAUCUAUCAAAAUCGGAGUCCCUUUCCCAUUCUUCAAUCGUAGUCACGAUAAGAUUUUUGUAAAUAACAAUGGAAUAAUAUCAUUUCUGGAUCAGCUUAAAACGUAUAGACCUGAAAAUUUCCCCUUGGAUUCCGAAACGCCAAUUAUUGCUCCAUUCUGGGCUGACGUGGAUGUGCAAGUUGGAGGUAAAGUGUGGUAUCGUGAGUCUAGUGAUUUCCAACUUCUUGAAAAAGCGACGGUUGAAAUAAAGACAUACUUCCCUGCUCUGAGAAGGUUCCGAGCUAACUGGAUGUUUAUCGCAACCUGGGACAAUGUUGGCUUUUACGGUGCUUCUCAAGAAGGCAAGCAAAAGAGAAAUACAUUCCAAGCAGUGCUGAUCACUGAUAGCCUGCAAUCUUUCGUCAUCUUCAACUACAACAAGAUCGAGUGGACGACCGGCUCCAACAGCGGUGGGGUGACCACGACGGGUCUCGGAGGGAAUCCUGCCCAGGUAUGGAAGGCUGGAUUUAACGCCGGGGACCAGAAGACAUAUAUGGAAAUUCCGGGGGCGCGGAAAAAUGCCGUCUUAAACCUCACUCUGACAAGCAACGUUAACAUCCCUGGUAAAUGGGUGUUCCGUGUGGACUCUGCUACUAUUCUAGGAAGCUGUUCUGAUAAAGGUAGUGGAGACGUGCUUGUUUGGCCCAGUUCUGGUCUUGUCCUUGGAGGCCAGAUAAUCUACCUGUCUGGUCCGUGUUUUAAUGAAGGCUCCGAGCUAUUGGCUCGUUUUGAUGACGUCAACAUCACAUUCCCAUGCAGUUACUAUACAUCCGCACGCGCCCAGUGCAUCACACCAACCGUCUUUCGGACAGGCCCCCUUACUCUGUCACUCAAUGUAGAUAAUGGUGGCUGGAACUACACCGGCACAUAUACUACAAUGAACAUAGCUCAGGUUGAACCCAAAGUUAAACGUGUGGACCCCAAGAAGUGGUUCGUCAAUCAGUCCGUGAAUAUCUCCUGGGAUACUUCCAGUUUUCCGUCCAGAAACAUCACCAACAUCACUGUUGAAGUGCUAGAAUAUAAGGAAGUCAACGGGACUCCCUCCUUGAGAAGGGUGGUGAACUUCAUCGACAUCAACUAUUCAUCGAGGUCCUUGUUUCACUUCAAGCUCCAAAAUAUAUCCACAGCAGCCAUAUUGAAAGUCAGCGGCCAAGAUGACGAAUUUAACGGGUCUGCAAUGGCCAUAUGGUCAGACGUGUUCCCAGCGAGAUGGCCAAGUCCUUCAAAGUCUGCGGGGUGGUGCCGGGCGUGGAUGGACAAGGAGGGGAGGGGACUGAACCUGACCCAGACAGAGCCCUGUCCGUGCACCAGGAAUCAGGCCGACGGGGACACAGGGAGGUACCAGCCCGACCCCUUCUGCAACCAGCGCUCAAAGGACCCUAUAGAACGUAGUUGUUUGUACAGAGGAGGGGCGACGGAUUGUAUCAUGUCAAAUUAUCAGGGGUCUUCGGAAGGCAGCCAAGUAUGUUGUUACAGUGCCGAUGGCGAGUUGUUGAAUGCUCAGGGGAUGGAGGGCGGUGGCACACUAGGGCGAUAUCAUUACAGAUCUCAGAGCGACGACGCCGUCGCUUUUUUCUCGUAUUUUGACCAAGAUGUGCUUCCAUACACCCACUGUUGCCAAUAUUCACAGACGCACUGUCGGGAGUUUCUAACUUACCAUCGACCACCGGUUACCUGUGUGGGCUAUUCACCACCCGCAGCUGCCCAGGCAGCUGGGGAUCCCCAUUUAGUAACGCUGGACGGGAAGGGGUAUACAUUCAAUGGGGAGGGGGAGUUUGUGUUGUUGGAAGACGACAACAGCAGCGUUGUGGUUCAAGUCAGGACAGCCCAAGCCAGGGACACUAAUGACGAACUGCAGAACGCGACGAUGUUCACGGCAGCGGCAGUGGCGAUACGGAACGUCACUGACAUAUUGGAGGUUCGUCUCGACAAGGAUGACAUUGUCCAGUUCCUGGUCAAUGGAAAAGAACGUGACCUCACUUCAUCUACCUCAGAAUUUAACGGACUUACAGUGUAUCGUAACAAAACAAGCAACAUCACGGCGGAGGUGACGGUGGUCAUCAACCCCGCCGGGGUGUCGGUACUGAUGCAGGCGACAGACAAACUCUUAAACAUUAUGGUGAUGGUGGGAUCACCGCAACUUAAAGGAAGAUUACGGGGGUUGCUAGGCAACUACAAUGGUAACCAGAGUGAUGAUUUUGUGUCCCGCAACGGAACAGUACUGCCGCAAAAUGCCUCAAUGGGGGAGAUCCACUACGACUUCGGGUUGACGUGGUCUGUUAUGGAUGAUGAAACUAUUUUAACGCCAUUGCUUCGGCAAGAUGACCCUGGCGAAUCGCUGAAGCCUGUGUUUAUAGACAGCAUAGACAAAGAGAACUUGCGCAAUGGGACAGAGGAAGUGUGUGGUAGCAAUGAACAAUGCAGAUUUGACUAUCAGGUGACAGGGGACGCCGAUAUUGCCAUGAGCACGAAAGCGUUUAGUCAAAGAUUCGAGGAUAGAAGGAAUAGCAUCAAACCAGUGGUGAGGUGCAGUUACCUGGAUACGGUCGCCAACGGCAACCGGACCGUGUCUGGCUACACGGAAGGCUCGACGGCCAACUUUGUGUGUGAUUCAGGGUACCAACUAAAGUUUGGUGACGCACAAUUGGUAUGCCAGGCAAACAGCAAAUGGAGUGGGACAGCGCCAGCUUGUGUUGAGGAAGUGAAGGUCCCCAGCACGGUGUCGCCAACCACGCUGAUCUACAUUGGUGCAGGGACCGCUGGCGGUGUCGUCGUCAUUAUCCUAGUUGUAGUUGUGUGUGUGUGUACAUGUCGGUCCACAAGGAAGAAGAGGUCCUCUGAGGAGGGAUCGGCAAAAGAAGAUGUAGAACUUCCCCAUAUUUUCCCUCCCUCACCUCACAUUCCAACAACAGUUUUUGCAAAUGAAUACUUUUUGCAAAGUUUGCACAAGUUAGCCGACAGUGGCUCCUUCAAGAUCCCGCGACCGACCUAUGUUGAUCCUACAAUAUAUGAAGAAUAUUUCUAGUCGGACAGUAGAGGCUUCGUUACCAUCACCCACGAGCACCUAGUGACCCCAAGCGUGACCUUGGCAGCAUAAGUGUGGACACUGAACACGUGCUGAACACGUUGCAAACAGACACUGAUAGUGCAUCCAGUGUGAUGAAAGGACAGUCAACAAUGAAUGAGUGUAUCAUAAACAAAGGAUUGAAAACAAAGGCUGUACAUAUGUGAAUUUCUCAACUUUCCUGUAUAUAAGAGUACGAUUUUCUAGUCAUAAUGCAACCAGUGCUUUCUUAGAUAUUGCAGUGUGAUUGGAUCAAACUCACGUGAAGGCUGCACGUGACCGGUGCUGAUUGAGGUCAAGGCUGUGCCAUGACCUUGGUCACCGUAUGCUCUCAUUCGUCUUUCCCGUUUUAAUAUUCAUUCACUGACCUUGACCUGAAGGAAACACUACUUUGUGAAUGGAGAACUGGUGUAAAAUAAUUGUGUAAUUGUUUGUGUAGAAUGAUAAAAAAUGUGGUGUGCGUUGUCAACAUAGUGUGGAAACUCCUUGUGUGCGUGUAUGCUUUGUAAGGCCCCAAGGCAUACAAUUAUCUUGCAAUAAAUCAGUAAUAUGGCACGUACGUUGCGGACCCACAGGAAUCACAAACAGAAGGACUUUCUGCAGAGAUGACACAGGGAGGACGUUAAUAUAAACGCAAAUGACAGAGAAUAACCAGUCUCGAUUAUCCACCGAAACAGAUUCCAUUGGGCAUUAUAGAUGAAAUAGCAGUGAAGAUUAUGUGAAUGGAUCGCUGAAAGUCAGUGACGACAUCGGGUGUUUUCGAAAAGUGAAAACGAAAACUAAAACGAAAGUAAACUGUGUGUUAUAAACAUGUUCAUAAAUCCUAUGGGCAUCUUUUUGUGUCGUUGGUUACCUGAAUGUUUCUUCAACUAAGUCUGAGAUAUAAUAUUUGCACAUUGGUCAAUUUAGUUAUGGUUUAUAUAAUCCUGGAGCAUAGAUUUCACUCUUUAAGCAAACAUGUUCACAGUUGGUACUAUGGAACUCCCAAGAAUAUGUGCUAUAGUAAGGAAAUUAUGUACGAAAAUAAUCAUCUGCACCUGUAGAAACACGAUUUCUGUAUGUAAUGAUCAAUAUUUGUGGAUUACAUGUACCAUUAUGUUCAUAGGACAGUUGGAUUCAUAAUAUAUUAUAGUUAGCUACGUCAUAAACUAUCAAAUGUAACUGAAGUGCCCAAGUGGUUAAAUCAACCACUAUAUAUAACACGUCAACGCCAGAGAAAUCUGUCUGGACUAGCUGCCGAAACAGAUUCCAUUUGGCGUUAGAGCAAAUUGCGGUGAAAAGUUUAUGAAGAGUCACUGAAAAUCAUUGAUAACCCCAGGUGUUCAUGAAAUGCAUGAAACGUUUGGUUUGGCUACGUUUUGCCAAUCCAACAAAUUCCACUUCCCUUAAGACAUUUACAGGCAGUUACAAGCAGUUACAGGCAGUUACAAGCGGUUACAGGCAGUUACAAGCGGUUACAGGCAGUAACAAGCAGUUACCGGCUAUGGUCCUUUGUCUGCAACAAGAUUGUAUUGCUGGUAUCCCGUGAUAUACCUCAUUAUGUUCCCAAAGACAAAUGUACAUAGAUCGAUUCCUUAAGUUUGUACUCCUCAAUGUAUCAUAUUACUGUAACAUUAAGAAACAGACCUAUAGUGAUGUUUAGACACUUUUAGAUUUCAAGGUUUAGAAUUGUUACAGAUUUUGUUUUUUAACAGCAACAAUAUGAUAUUUCUGUGGUUAGUAUCUCAGCUGUUACUUCUAUUCCAGAAAACAUCAAAUUCAGAAUAUUUAGUAACUUAAUACAGGUUUUAAUCAUUCUGAAGAUCCCAUCGACAUCCAAUUUUUGUACAUCGUCAUAUGCCAUAUAAUUGUUAUUAUCACAGCCAUUUCAGCAUUUAUUUUCUUCAUAGUUUCAUCUCAACAUCAAAAUCAUGUAUCGUUUUAUACCUUGGCACUGCAUCUCAGUCUCGCAAUAUCAAUACAGUGAAACUAUCAGGAUAAUGGUUACUUAUUGUAGAUGCAUAUUUGUAUCUCAUUAACUGGAAAUAUUUACUUUAUAGAGAAAUUAAUUUUACAUAAUUCUUCUUUUGGAAUCGCCAACAUGACGCUGCAAGUUAGGAAGUGGUGGUAAAUGUGACUUAGUGUCUUCAGGGAGUGUUCCAUAGCCAUAAUAUUGAGACGUGUUUACAUAAUUGGUAUCAUGUGCAAUAUCUGAGACCAAAGACGGGGAAAAUAACUUUUUUUGCUCAUGGACAGAUAAGUCGUACACGUAGGAAUAAGACGUCAUAUUCAUCAAGCUGAUGUCGUACCAUGAAAAUUUUGUUUCUCACCCGAGUUAUUUUCAAAAAGAACCACGCUUUUCCCUUUUACUCAGUAGGGAGGAACUACUCGGGCCGCCAUGGAGGCACACCCGACUCGUAUACAGCCGAGUGGCCGCGAAUCAAUUUAGUAAGGAAGAUAACUCUUACUUUUAAAGUCCGGACAACCUUCUUAUUCAUGAAACCGUUAUUUACCGGGCAGAUCCGAACUUUAUUGUUCGUUCAGAAGAACCCUUCACAUGAUAAACUUGUUUCAUACUAUUCAUGGCCUAAGUGGGUAUACCCAAUUUGAAUCAUUCUUACCUGUUUGCUCAUUGUUUUGUAAAUGGCAUAAUGAAUCAUUCUGCUUCUCUCGCACUGAUAAACAUUGUAAAAUAAUUUUUAGAGAUAACUGCAAAUGAGUCUUAUAACCGAGGGAGACUUAUGGUUAUAUUUAAAUUUCGUUGCACAUUAUGCUUUGCAGGAAUCAUUUGUUUUUUGACAAAGUGGGUGAAAACUUUGUCAUUCUUUGUAGUAAUGUUGCCUCGGAAAUCUUUGUGUGUCAGUUUCUUAACCGCAUCUUGCUUUCAUCUCGUCAUAAUAGACAUGAAACCAGAACUGGAUGAUGUAAAUCUCAAUAAGGGCUCUUAACCACUUAUCAGUUAGGCCCCAAAUGAGUAUAUGUAAAGCAAAUUUUGAUUUUAUUUUGUUGUACGAAUCGUCAGUGAUUUGUAUGGCUUGAAAGUCACAGUGAAUGGAAGAUGUAUGCUAACAGGAGUUGUGUCCCUUUGCACAUGGAUGAUCCGUUUCCAUACCUGUCACGUGCUCUAGGCACAUCGUGAGUGCUGGCGUCAUUUCUAUUUAUAGAACACUUCACGUGUUCACUAUUGAAUUCAGAACCUUUCUGUCGGAAUAGGUCCUAUUGAAUCUUGAAUGCGAGGAGUGAUUCCAGUAGAUGAACUACUCAAACAGAGUUAAGGACUCCCGAUUCUUUCCUAUUACCAUAGUUAAUCCAUCAUGCCUUGACAGGUUAACUUUAGUAAUAUAACAGAAUCGGGGGGUCCUUAGCAUUUUUUGAGUGAUAUAUGUUAAGGUAAUCCGGAAUCACGUCGCACAUUUAAUAUUUUAUACAAGUCGACAGAAACGUUCCAAAUGAAAAAAAAAUGUGCCUCCAUUUUACCUUGUUGUCUUAGAAUACGAAGAGCCGUCUGUGUGUGCCUUAUCGUCAACAGAGGUGACUGGCAAACUGGCUUAUUUAUUGAUUGUGUACAUAGUAUGCUCGACUGAAUUUGAAAUAAAAUAUGAAACAUUAA